AGACGAAUGGAUGAUUUGAAGGGAAGAUGCAUUGUGGAAUACCAUGGAGCUGAACUGUUUCCCCAGAGGUGGUUUGAUUUUGUUUUUGUAUUGCGAUGUAACAAUACGGUGCUGUAUGAUCGGCUGGCUGCUCGAAAUUAUAGUGAUAAAAAAAUCAGAACAAAUAUUGAAUGCGAAAUAUUUGAAGUGCUGCUGGAGGAAGCCCGAGAAUCAUAUGAUGAAAAAAUAGUGUAUGAAUUGCAAAACGAAACGCCCGAGGAUUUGUCGAAAAAUUUGGAAUUUAUUUGUAAUCUGGUAUCGCAAUGGAAGACAGAAGAAUAA